AUGCGUGGUUCAAUUAUUCUUGCUUCCCUGUGCCAUCUGGCUACAACUCUGACAAUCCCAACAUACCCCAAGAAGAGAGCUCUGUCAGCUGGCUUCGCCAUCUACAGCUGCACCACGCCCGGAACAGUCGCGCUCACUUUCGAUGACGGACCUUUCGUGUACACAGAGUCUGUACUCGAUCAGCUUGCUUCAGUCGGAUUUCAGGCUACCUUUUUCCUUAAUGGGUAUAACCUGGGAAAUAUUGAGGAUUACCAAUCCACGGUUGACAGGAUGAUCAAUGAAGGGCAUCAGGUUGCUUCACACACCUACGGUCACCCUGAUCUGGCAGGCUUGAAUGACUAUGAUGUCGAGCAACAGAUGGCAUUAUUGAGUAACGAGUUCACUCAAAUGAUAGGUAAGGACCCCGUCUACAUGCGUCCCCCGUACUUUAGCUUCAGCGACCGAACACUUCAAGUCCUUGGUCAGCUGGGGUAUAAAGUAGUGAUUGCUGAUAUAGACACCGACGAUUGGCGCUAUUCGUCUUUUGGCGGUGCCGAACCUUCUUUAGACUCGUAUAACGCUGGCCUUAGCCAUGGAGGCUCAAUUGUUCUCAUGCAUGAUGUCCAUCAGAACACUGUGGAGAACAUACUUCCCCUUAUAAUCCAAGCGACGCGAAGAAGCGGAAAAAGAGCGGUCACAGUUGGAGAGUGUCUCGGAGACCCUGAGACAAACUGGUAUCGGGUCUCGGGAGAAUCUGGGAAAGGGUCUCAAACAACGGAGUGGAACAGCACAGAAAGUCACGACACUGUUGUGGUAGUUCACACACCUGCACCUGAGAGAUUGGAAAUGGCUUUUUAA